CUCUAAUGAAUGGCCACUCAAUGCGAUCGCAAACCCAAUUCCGAUCGGGAGAGUUGUGCGCUGUUUGUGAGAACGCCAUGUCUUCUAAGGGUCAGCCGACCGGUGCCGGUGUUAAGUGUGAUGAAUGCAAACUACUCUUUCAUAAUAAGUGUAUUCACUCGUCUCAUCAAAUCCCCUGUCGAUCUAAUCUGUCCUCUCAUACGCCUCGCGGCAGCUCAUCGUCUAUAAUGUUGGCGCCCAUCAGCAAUGCGAACCCCUCGAGACCCCCGCGAUCUAAGAACCGAAAGGGGGGUAAGAAUUGGCAAAAGUUGUCGGCGAAGGAGAACUCGGGUUCAAACAUGAACUCACAGCCAAGCGAUUGCCGGUCGCAAUCAGUGCGGGACAGCCACUCGAGCACUGGAUCGGGUUCGGGAUGGCUCGUGACCCGAACGGCCGAAUUUGUUGAUCCAAGAGAUAUAUUGAUUACCGAUUGCGACGAAUUGCAAAUAAUG